GUAGACUUUGACAGUACUAAACGUAGUUUGUUUUGCUUCAUUCUACUCACCAAAUAAUUCCUUGUUAUUCCUUUUCGAGCACGUUAGAAAAAUAUCAUUUGAGAAUUGAAAUAAAAUGACCACUCUUCGGCCUUUCACUUGUAACGAUAUGUUCAAAUUUAACAAAGUCAACCUCGACCCACUGACGGAAACGUAUUGCCUCUCUUUCUACAUGCAAUACUUAGCCCACUGGCCGGAAUACUUUCAGGUGGCGGAAUCACCCAGUGGUGAAAUAAUGGGCUACAUUAUGGGCAAAGCGGCAGGUCAGGGCGAUUACUGGCACGGCCAUGUGACUGCAUUGACAGUCUCGCCCGACUACCGGCGACUUGGACUGGCAGCAACACUAAUGAACUUCCUGGAGGAUGUCUCGGAAAAAAAGCGCUGUUACUUUGUCGAUUUGUUCGUCCGCGUUAGCAACAAGGUGGCAAUCGAUAUGUACACCAAGCUGGGUUACAUAGUGUACCGGACCGUGAUCGAGUACUAUGUGGGUGACCCGGACGAGGAUGCGUACGACAUGAGGAAGGCAUGCUCGAGGGAUGUGCACCGGAAGUCUGUGAUACCAUUGACGCAUCCCGUUCGGCCCGACGAAGUAGACUGAGCGGCCCAUUUGUUAGGGAAAGAGAACAAACAAACCAUAAGGAUAAGGACAAUUCAUUAACGAAAAGAAUUGAUGUGAUUUAGUUGGAACAAAACGUUUGCUUCAU